AUGUACAACAUGGUCGGGGACAAGGUGAUGCCGAUUAUCACGCAGUUGGAAGUUCUCGUUCAAGAGCAAUCGAUCAUGGGGAACCCGCAGAAUUACGCGAAGAAGCAGACGAUUGGUGGUGGGAAUCCGCCGCAGCCGUUCGCGGCGCAGCCGUUUGGGCAGAGUAACGUCGGGUAUCAGAGUACCGGCGGGGGCGGGUACGGACACGGCGCGUACGGGCAACAACAACAACAAAAUCCCUACGGCGGAGGCGCCGGUGGUCAUGGUGGCGGAAACCAAAACGGCGCAGGCGGCAACGGGUACGAUUCUAUGGGCGCGAAACAAAACGAUAUGGGCUACGGGAGCAGUUACGGUGGUAAUCGCGCCGGAGGCGGUGGUCCAACCGGGAAAGUAGGCACCCAGUACGGCGGCGCGACGAAUUAUACGCCUUUACAAGCUUUGAACCCGUACCAACAAGGCUGGUCCGUGUGCGUUCGCGUGACGACGCCGAUUGAAGUGCGCACGUGGCACAACGCCAAAGGCGAAGGGAAAGUUCUCGGCUUUGACGUGGUCGAUGCGGAAGGCAGCGAAAUGAAAGUCGUGUGCUUUGGCGACUGCGCGUUGAACUUGGCGGAGAAGAUGCAACAAUACGGGGUGUACGAGAUUUCAAAGGCAACGUUAACGGCGUCUCGAAACCCGAGAUAUGCGAUCGGUGCGUACGAGAUGAAGUUGGAUCACAACACAGUCGUCCAACCGUUGCCGGAGAACGCCCAGGGUGCGAUGAAAAUCCCAAAGGUGCAAUACAACUUCCGCAACAUCAAAGAAAUCGAGACGUUGAUGAAGGAUACCUCCAUCGAUGUCAUGGGUGUCGUUCACGAAGUAAGUCCGAUUUCGAUGCAAAUGCUUCGAACGGGUGGCGAGAAAGCGAAGCGUUCGAUCAAGCUUCGCGACGAUUCCAGCGCGGAAGUGGAGUUGACGUUGUGGGGCGAACACGCCGACGGUCUCGGUCAAAAGCUCGAGACGAUGCUCUUCGAGAACCAGCACCCAAUCUUGGCGUGCAAGCGCGCGUGCGUCGGCGAGUUUAACGGGAAGAACUUGUCCAUCAGAAACAACACUGUCAUGGAUGUGAAUCCAGAUCAUCCGAAAGCGGGACAAUUGCGAUCGUGGUACGACGCUGGCGGAAAGACGGAGGACGUACAAGUCCUUUCCGGCGGCAUGGGCGGAGCUGGCGCCGUCGGCGGAAGAGGCGACAGAUUUGCCACCAUUCGACAAAUCGAAAACGAAGCCGCGAACGGUGGGUGCAGCAAUGCAUUCUGGGUCGUUUGCAGGGGUUCGAUCACGUACAUUCACAACAGUGACAAUGGGCCGAUGUAUCCCGCCUGCCCUAUGGAUCACGACGGACGCAAGUGUCAAAAGAAGAUGCGCCAGAACGAAAUGAACGGCAUGUGGGAAUGCGAACGACACUACGAUACCGUAAUACCGUCGGUGGAUUGGAGAUACCUGUGUACCGUAAAAUUGGCGGAUUAUUCCGGGGCGGUAAUGGCGAGUGUCUUUGGCGAGGUUGGUGAAAAGUUAUUUGGCAUGCCGGCGCCGGAUUUCAAACAUCUCUUGGACACCGACUUUCACGCGUUUGAGAAAAAAAGGGACGACAUCAGGUGGAGAGAGUACAAGUUCAAGUUGAAGGUUAACGAAGACACGUACAACGACAUGACGCGCGUGAAGUACACGAUUCAGUCGGUUGAACCAAUCUGCGACGGAAACUUUGCCGACGAGUCGAAAGUCUUGAUUGAAAAGUUGAAAAAACUUCACAACGGCGAGUCAAUCUUGGAAGAAAAAGUCGAUCGCCCGGCAGGUGGUGGCGGUGGCGCUCCGUCCGUCGCAACGAACGAAUGGAAGUCAGGCCAAGGGGGCGUUGCCAUGGGUGGUAACAUGGGUGGUGGCGCUGGUGGAUACAAUCAACAAAGCUACGGCGGUGAUGGCGGCGGUGGAGGAGGAGGCGGAGGAGGCGCUUCCGGGAACUGCUACAAAUGCGGUGAGCCAGGACACUGGGCGUCUAAGUGUCCCAACCAACAAACCACCGGCGGCGGCGGCGGUUAUGGUGGUGGUAGUGGAUAUGGCGGUGGUGGUGGUGGUGGCGGCGGCGGCGCUUCAGGAAACUGCUAUAAGUGCGGCGAGCCGGGUCAUUUCGCAAACAAAUGUCCGAACCAAGGCGGUGGUGGCGGAGCCGGAGGCGGCUACGGCGGCGGAGGUGGCUACGGUGGUGGCGGCUACGGUGGUGGCGGCUACGGUGGUGGCGGCUACGGUGGUGGCGGAGGCGGAGGCGGUUAUGGUGGAAACUAUUAA